CUAUAUAAACGCUCUCGAGAUCAAGAAAGAAGAGAGAAAAAAUUCAGACUCGAGAGGAGCAAAAAGGGCAGAGCACCAAUUAAUCCUCUUGGAGACCAGCAGAAGAAGAAUAGCAACACAGACGUUGCAUAUACAUACGGUUAGAUAUAUAUAGAUAGCGAGGGGUUUUAGAGAGAGAAACUAUGGGGGAAGAUGGACAAGAGAAGAAGAGGAGGGUGGUGGUGGAGUCGAUGGGAUGGCUAACGGAAUCGUCGAUCAUGCCGAGAAAGCAACGGGCAAUCUCUGGCGUAGGUCCGUCCUCCAUUCUUGAACUCAAGGCCCAACUCUACCAGUCCCAGGAAGAGUCCAAGCGUCUCUCUCAUGAACCCCUAUCUGGUCACGAACAACACAUUGAAGUCCACCGUGCGAAGAAGAAGAUCGCCGCACCCGAUACCUUCUCUCACACGAACUCUGGCGUCGAAGCACGCGCUGCCAAGGACAAACUUGAGCUGAAAGCUAUAAAGGACGGAUCAGCAAGCUAUGCAGCACUAGAGAGAAAGGCUGCAUUAUAUGAUAAGCUGGUGAGGGGAGAGCUCUCUGAUGAGGAAGACAAAGAGAAGUACUGUGUUGAUUUUUUCCGUAAGGGCUUAGAGCAGGAUGAAUCACAGCAGUCUCAGGGCCAUUCUAUGCCAGCAUCACCAGAACAUGAAGAUGAUGGCAGUGAUGCAUCUGUGCUACUCACCACAAAAGCUGUGGGGCUUGGCAGGACAGCUGGUUCAGUAGACAGUAAUGAGCAUAAGCGUUUCGUAAGGGAAAUUCACGAAGAAGCAAAUCAAGCAAGGGAAAAAGCAUCUGAACUCAAGCUGCGCAGGCAAGAGCAGAUUGUGGCUCGUCGAGAGAAACUAAAACAGGCCUAUCUCCGGAAACAGAUUGAGAAAUUGAAAGCUGCAUCCAAAACAGAGCAGACUAAUGAUGGACAAUGAUACCCACUUCUUUUGUAAGAAUACCCGCUUUAAACAUGUGACAACCAAUUCGUCCAUUCCGUACACACUUAAAACCGCCUCAUGACUACAUCAUUAUAGGUGCAGAAUUACUUCAUCAAACUCUUUGUGCCGUACUUAUAUUGUUUCUUUGCAGGUUGUCAUGAUGCAAGAGGUAUAAUUCGUUUCAUACAUCUUAAUGUUCCCAUCCACUGAAUGCUGACCGCUGUUAGUAUGGGCUUUGGUGUUUGUGGAAACCAAUCUCAACUCAUGAAUGGAGCAGUUAUAGGGAACAAAAACGGAUCGUGGAUACAAAAGCCGGCCACGAGCUGAGAUCAUUCUUUUAAGAUAUGUGAAAAUUGGCUAGAGUCCAGAGAAAAGAAGACUACCGAGGCCUGGUUUAAUUCAUCACCGCAAUUUAUAGAAGCUAUUCAGGAAAACUAGUUCCAGUGAAAUUGUUGCAUUGUUGGUGCAAGAUUUAUAUGGAUGUUUCCUCUAGAUGGUCAAGAAAACCUUGAAUAAGGUCGGGGUAAUUUUCUGCCUCCGUCGAUUAAUGUCCUGAAUAGCACCAGGUUUCAAUUGUUUUUGACCUAGUUGACUUUGUGCAAUUUAGAUUUUCAAAUGUCAUGGAGUCGGUAUCUGAUUAGCUUGGCGCAUACUACUGCUUUCGUUUGGAAGAAAAAAAUAAGAGGGAGAAAAGGGGGAA